AUGAGGCGUUUCCUGAGCAGAAAGGGUCGCUUCUCCUUGCGCCAGAGCAAGUCUAGCACCCGGAGUACUUCUAAGGAUUUCUUUCUCGGUCUUCCCGUAACCAAUCAGAACUGGCCCGAGGCUUUCGGGUUCCGACUGGGCGGCGCGGGGCCCAGCUACAUCUUGUCCGUGGCGGAAGGCAGCAGCGCCUUCCUGGCGGGUUUGCAGCCCGGGGACCAGGUGGUGGACAUCGAAGGCCAGGACGUGACCAACCUCAGCACCCCGGCACUCGUCGCGCUGGCUCAGACUCUCAAGACGGUGCCGCCCAGCAUCGGCGUGGUGUCGCGGAUUGAACAGAUUGACAUCACUCCCAGUCCGGACGGCCGAUUCGGCUUCACCCUGGUGGGCGACAGCCCUCUGAUGGUGGACGACUGCGUGCCCGACGGCGCGGCCGGUCGCGGGGGCCUCAAAAUCGGGGACUACGUCAUGGAGGUCGACGGCGUCCCGGUGAAGCGGCACGAGAUGGCGGCGGCCGUGAUCAAAGCGGCGCAGUACCGUCCUCUGCGACUCGGCGUGCUCAGGAUGGCGCGGCAGCCCAAGCGGCUGAGCAGCAGCAUGCGGGUUCUCUCGCAGAGCGGAGACAGCGUGAGGGACACUCGGGCUCGAAAGGCCUUGGAGUUCAACAAGAAGGUGGAGGAAGUGCUCGGCGAGGAUCCCGAUGUGAAGGAGCAGCUAUUCGACGUGUUGAAGGGCUACGCCGCUGACCGGGAUGUGGAAAGCCUCGCCGAGGCCCUGCCGGACAUCCUCGUCACACAAGAGCAUCAGCAGCUGGUUGAAAGCGUCAGGAUCUUCAUCCCCAAGAAGCACCGGGAGCGUUUCGACGAGGCGGUUUCCCAGAGCCUGAUGAGCCGCCUCAAGGGGCGGAGCUUCAGCGACCCGAGCCGUAGCCAAAUGCGCCGCAGUCGCAGCGAGGAUCACCCCGAACACCUGGCUGUCUCCACGCGCGCCAGUUCAGUACCACGCACACACGCGGAGGAAGGCUCCGCCCCCCCGUCCCGCGGGAUGCGGAAGACCACGUCGCUGAUAGCUGGCCACUCCGGCGGCUCCACAACCAGCUGCAGGACGGUGAGAGUGUGCAAGGGCAACAUGAGCUUUGGCUUCACUCUCAGAGGUCACGCCCCCGUGUGGAUCGACUCGGUCAUCCCGGGGAGCGCAGCAGACAAGGCAGGUCUGAAACCAGGAGAUCGCAUCCUGUUCCUUAAUGGACUUGAUAUGAGGACCUCCUCCCACGAGAAGGUGGUGUCCAUGCUGCAGGGAAGCGGCGCCAUGCCCACCCUGGUAGUGGAGGACGGCCCCCCCUCUUUGGGCAUGUCCGAGCAGGACCUGGCAGGCAGCGGCGUUCCCGCGGAGCGAGCUCGCUCCCCCGUGCUCAGCUCCCUGCAGUGGGUGGCCGAGAUCCUUCCCCCGAGUAUCCGAGUCCAAGGCCGCACCUUCGGACAGCAGCUGGAACACCUGCUGACCAUCCAGGAGAGGUACACCAUCUGCAAAGCCCUGGAGAACUUCUUCCAGCACAGAAACGUGGACACGCUGAUCGUGGAUGUGUUCCCGGUGCUGGAUACUCCCGCCAAACAGGUCAUCUGGCAAUUUGUUUACCAGCUGCUGACGUAUGAAGAGCAAGAACACUGCCAGAACAAAAUCUCACGCUUUCUUGGAUUCAAGGUGCCAGUUCCACCGCCGCCGCCUCCUCCCCCUCCUCCAGAGCCCGAGGUCGUCCCUGAGCCGCAUCGCCGUAGCAGCUCCGUGAGGGUGACUGGCACCACGUACAGGAGCAGUGUGAGGGGGCGGAGCUCUGACGACCUGCUCAUUGGCACACACUUGGCCAUGGGCUUCCGUGCAGACUCUCUUUUGGAAGCAGGAAUGAGAUUGGCUCCGGGGGAAAGACAGUCAGGGGACGGUACCUCUCUUCCCGAGACUCCCAACAACCUCACAAAUCUAUCAGCCGUGUACGCCGAACUGGAGAACAUGUACUCGGCCAAGAGAUCCAAGUCCCUGAAGACCCGCCCUCCUCCCGCCCCUGAGACUUUGCUGGAUCUGGACCCGCCCUCUCGCACAGCUUCCCCUACAGCGCGUGUCGACACAGGUAGUAGUCGUAAGGGCCCCCCGCCUGCUAUAACCUGGCCAGAGCCUCUCCCGAGCCCUCCCCCGUCCCAGUUCUACUCAUCAGGCCUGACGAGCCAGAACAGCGGGGAGUCCAACCCCUACAUUAGCCUGGACAGUCCGCCGCCGCCGUCGCCGCCCGAGCUCAUUGAUUUCCCGUCGAGCCCCCCGCCGCACCGCAGCAGCAAACGCCGAUACACUUUCUCCAAGCCACCACGGUCUGAAGACACCGAUCGCUUUCUGGAUGCGCUGAGCGAGCAGCUGGGCCAGCGAGUGGCCAUCGUUGAUGACUUUCUCACUCCGGAAAACGACUACGAAGAGGAUGUUGGGCAGAUGGCAUUCCCUGAUGAUGAAGAGGAGGACGAUAAUGAUGAAGAGUUAGGGAUGGAGGAGGAAGAAAAUGGAGGUUUCGUGGGUCCGGCGCUGAGCAGCCCAAGUGACAUCCAAAGCAGCAGCGGGGACGAGAAUGCCUCAUCCCUCACCUAUUCCUCCUCUUCCGACCACAUCCCUCCGCCCCCCGUGACGCCUCCUCCGCCUCCGCCGGUUCAUUUCAACGACACGCCGCAGCAGCCUAGCUACACUCCUGAACACUCCCCGAGAGCUUACGUGCCCAUCCGCCGGAAGUCUGGACCGCCUCCCCCACCUCCGCCCCGCAGUAAUCUGCCGCCAAAACGACACUCGUUGCAUAAAGUGCUGCCAACCAAAGAGGAGCUGCAGGUCCAGGUGGCCAUACAAGAGCUAAAGUCCUAUCAAGAGCAGCAGUCCUACCAGGAAAGAGAGUCCUAUGAGGAGCAACAAGCGUAUAAAGAAAGGCAAGCGUAUGAAGAGCUGAAGGCCUUGGAAGAACAGCAGGCCUAUCAGGAGCAAAUGUUCAAGGAGAGACAAGCCUAUGAGGAGCAGAAGGCGUUCGAGGAGCUGAAAGCGCUCGAGGAGCAAAUGUUUCAGGAACAACGAGCCUUCCAGGAGCAAAAAGCUUACGAGGACCGACUGAUGCAACAGAUCUACCAGAGUCACCAUUCAAUGCCUGCCCAGCCCACCCAGCAGAAGGCCCCCUCACCACUGCCACUCCAGCAACUACACCAGUCUUUACCUCCGCUCCCUGCGCCCGAAACCACCAACCACCAUUCUCGCCAUCCUCUUAAUAUGCUGCGACGCCUGUCCCGUUCGGCCCCGCCUCCGCAUCACCCGCCUCCUCUACCCACGGUCAACCAGAGUCAGCACUAUUCCGAGGGCGUUUACCAAAGCCACCAAAGCCCGAGGGCCCAGCCCCACCAUUCCUCGGCCGAGAUGCUCCACCAGUUGCAACGGGCGCAGGUCCACCAGCAGUCGGUGGACAUGUUGCAGCAGAUGCAACAGCCGCUCAGCAGUCACUACUCUUCUGCGGAAAUCUUCCAGCAAAUACACCAGCCCGGGAUCCGCCACGCCUCGACGGAACUCCUCCACCAAGCUCACCAGAUGACGCAGAGGCAGCCUCACCACUCCUCGACGGAACUUCUCCAUCAAGCCCACCAGAUGCCGAGGGGGCAGCCCCACCAUUCGUCCGCCGAGCUGCUCCACCAGAUUCGCAAACCCCAGCCCCACCACUCCUCCGCAGAGCUGCUCCACCAGUCCCAUCAGAGGCACCAAGCGAAGCCCCAUCAUCACUCCUCCGCGGAGCUGCUGCAUCAAGUCCAGGAAGAGCCUUCCUCCCGACCGGUUCAGCCGAACCGGGAGAGCCACUCGCACCAGAGCCGCAGGAGUCUGAAAAGUCACCGCCAGACUCAACCAUCUCCCCAGAGGCCCCAUUCAAUUCAGCAGACUCACCACCACCCCAGCACCCCCAGCACUCCCCACAUCCACCACAUCCACCACAUGACUCCGCAACCUCCACCGCAGGACUACCAACACCAGAUUCACCUGAUCCAUCCGCCACAGCAACCCCACAGAUCCCAGCCCCUCCUGUCCACGUUCCAGCCGCUCCAGGCACACCAGCCCGCGCUCUCCACGUUCCAGCCCCUGCCCCAGCACGGCCAACCCCAAACCGCCCGUCCUCACUCCCAGCCGUCCCACCACCUGAUGCAGUCCCAACACCAGUCCCAGCAAAUACCGACGCAGAGCCCGAGUCAGCCCCAGUCGCUCCCCCACUCUCUAUCUGACCCCGCGCCCACAGAGGACCUGGAGCCUCCGCCGCUACCGCCACCUCUGCCUCCACCCUGCUCCCCUCCCCCCUUACCCAGGCCCACCCUCUCCAGGAUGGACUCCCAUCACAUGAGUGUCAAGAGGCUGCGCUGGGAGCAGGUGGAGAACUCUGAAGGCACCAUCUGGGGCCAGUUGGGCGCAAAUUCCGACCACGAGAAACUGCACGACAUGGUGAAGUAUUUGGAUCUGGAGAUGCACUUUGGGACACAGAAGAGUUCUUUGCUUGCUCCAGAGCCUUUACCACAAAUGGAAACAUUUAAGAAAAAAGAUGUGAUUGAAAUUCUGUCCCACAAGAAGGCCUACAACGCAUCCAUCCUGAUAGCGCACCUAAAGUUGUCCACCGGAGAGCUGCGUCAGGUGCUGAUGAGCAUGAGCUCCGACAGGCUGGAGCCGUCGCACAUUAAGCAGCUGCUGCUGUACGCCCCCGAUGCAGAGGAGGUCAAAAAGUAUCAAGAGUACAGAGAGGACCCCGGCAAACUCAGCGAGCCGGACCGCUUUGUACUGCAGAUGCUGUCAGUGCCGGAGUACAAAACCCGCCUGGAGAGCCUCCUGUUCAAGUGCUCUCUGCACGAGAAGACGGAAGAGCUGAGGGGAGCCUACGAGUGCAUUGGCAAGGCCUCCGCACAGCUCAAGAGCAGCAAGAAGCUUGCCAAGAUUUUAGAGUUUGUGUUGGCUAUGGGCAACUACUUGAAUAACAGCCAGCCUAAAACCAGCAAGACAACCGGCUUCAAGAUUAACUUCUUGACCGAGUUGAGCACAACAAAGACGGUGGACGGGAAGUCGACAUUCCUGCACAUUCUGGUCAAGUCGUUGUGCCAUCACUUUCCCGAUGUGUUGAAUUUUUCCAAAGAUCUCACCAUGGUUCCUCUUGCAGCCAAAGUCAACCAGAGGACUAUCACAGCCGACGUGAACGACCUACACGGAACCAUCCACGACAUCCGCUCCGCCUGUCAGAAAAUGCCCGCCACAGCCGAGGACCGCUUCGCCGCCGUCAUGAGCACCUUUCUGGAGAACAGCCAUCCGGCCGUGCAGUCCCUGGAGUCCCUCCAGCAGAGCUCCAUGGAGGAGUUUUCCAGAACGGCCUCCUACUUCGGAGAGGACGGCAAAAGCACCAACGCGGAGGUCUUCUUCGGCAUCUUCGCUCAAUUCAUCGACAGGUUUGAGAGGGUUCUCGACGAGCAGCAGGCGGCCGAAAACCCGAGGAAGAGCCCGAGAAGUCCGAGAACGGCCUCCCCGCUGGCCCGGUAGCGCCUUCGCAGAAGACGCGCACGCACACACGCAUUGUAGCAACUAGGGGUGGGCAAAGUAUGGCCUACGGGCAACAUACGGCCCGCUCCGAUCGACAAUCUUCCCCAACAAGAAUUUACAUUAUCAAAAGACAUCUAAUAAUUGUUGCAUUAUUUUAGCCUAAAAAUUAAUUCAGCAAAAUGUCUUUCUUUUUUGUUAAUUAUUCAUUUAUCU